GUGCGUUAAGCGCUUACUCGUGACCUUAAUUUCAAAGCUCUAUGUAGUCCGGGAAUUCUGAAAGCGCUUUCGGAAUUCUCGAGGAACGCGUUGCCUCGGAACACUCAUAAUACCACCAUCGUGACGAGCUCCAUCUGGCCUACGUUUCCUCACUGUCAGCGAUGUCUACGAACAAAGGAAACAACCCUGAUCCAAUUCUGCUGACGCUUUUCGCCAAUCGCUUUAUGAGCGUAGCUGAAGCCAUGGGCAGAUCUUUGCAGCAGACCUCGAUAAGUACUAACAUCAAGGAACGGUUGGACUUUUCCUGUGCUCUCUUUGCUCCAGACGGAGAUUUGGUUGCAAACGCACCGUUCAUACCAAUUCACCUUGGUUCAAUGAGCUUCGCCGUCAAGUACCAGAAGAAACUGUACGGCAAAGAUUUGAAGGAAGGCGAUGUGCUAAUGACGAACUCGCCUCAUGCCGGAGGAUCACAUCUCCCAGAUAUCACAAUCAUUACUCCCGUUUUCGAUUCCAACUCGAAGGAAAUCAUAUUCUUUACUGCAUCUAGAGGACACCAUGCCGAUAUCGGGGGUAUUCUUCCUGGUUCAAUGCCACCAACCUCGGUGAAUAUCUUUGAAGAAGGUGCUGAGAUUGUCAGCUUCAAGAUUGUCGAUGCUGGAGUAUUCGAUAGGGAAGGGUUAUUGGAUUACAUGGUUGAGCAGCCAAGCAAGUACCCAGGAAGUUCAGGUUGUAGAAAUAUCAGGGAUGUUGAAAGCGAUUUGAAAGCUCAAAUCGCGGCGAAUCAUAAAGGCAUUCAGCUGAUUCACGCCAUUGUAGACGAUUACGGCUUGGAGACUGUUCAGGAGUACAUGUAUCACAUUCGCUCCAAUGCCGAAUUAUCCGUCAGAAAUCUUCUGCGGGAUGUCGCACAACGCGCUGGUACGAACGAAUUGUCAGCCAUCGAUUACUUGGACGAUGGUUCUCCGAUCCAACUCAAGGUCGCUAUCAACCCCUCAGAAGGAUCGGCGGUUCUGGAUUUCGAAGGUACUGGAUGGGAAAUACGAGGCAACCUGAAUGCGCCUAUAUCUGUCGUUCAUUCCGCCGUGAUUUAUUGUAUGAGGUCGAUGCUAAAUCUCGAUAUACCCCUCAAUGCAGGGUGUCUUGUGCCCCUCGAUAUACGAAUACCCCCAAAAUCGUUACUUUCGCCUUCUCGGACGGCGGCAGUGUGCGGAGGCAAUGUUUUGACCUCGCAGCGCAUUGUAGAUGUAGUCCUGAAAGCGUUCCAUGCCGCGGCAGCCAGUCAGGGCUGCACAAAUAACUUAACGUUUGGGGCCGGUGGUAAAGGCAAGGACGGGAAAACAUCUGCAGGAUGGGGAUAUUACGAGACUAUUGCUGGUGGCUCAGGUGCAGGGCCUUCUUGGCACGGUACUUCAGGUGUCCAUACUCACAUCACGAACACUCGCAUCGGGGAUGUUGAAAUCCUCGAAAGGCGCUACCCAGUCAUGUUACAUCAAUUUGGACUCCGGGUAGAGUCCGGAGGGAAAGGGAAAUGGCGCGGAGGAGAUGGUGUUGUGCGGGAGCUGGAAUUCUUAGAGGGUAUGCAGGUUUCCAUAUUAAGCGAGCGUCGAACCAGGCAACCUUAUGGAAUGGACGGCGGCGGACCUGGUGCUCUUGGUCGGAACACGUGGAUCAAGCAACCUCGGGCGGAAGACGGAGAUCUUCCAACCAAACCCGAAUACUUAAACAAUUCGGAAAGCAUCGCCUCUGAGGGAGCAAGAAAAAUCAACAUUGGCGGUAAAGCAACAGUGUGGAUGGGGAAAGGUGAUCGACUCUUGAUUGAGACUCCCGGAGGUGGAGCGUGGGGUGUAUCUGCCGAAGACUGCUCAGCGAUGGACCAAGAGGUUCAUAAACCGCAGUGGGAACCACGAGGUUCGUUCGCUGAGAGAGCGAAAGCUCAAGCUGCUUUCUAAUUUUUCGGACUCGGUCGCCCGAAGGAUGACAAGGAGUAGCACGUGCAUUCACUGACCGUACACUAAAAGGGGAACAAGCCGGAUUCGGAGACUUACAAGACUCGACGACUUGAUACAAGAUAUUGUAUUCAAGCCAGAGGGGUAAUUAAUGUAUACUUACAGUCAGUACGAUGACCAAAUUUCCUGACCAUAAAUUCAUUUGUUCUCCUCCAUUAUUUGUAACUUUCAUAUACUUAGUCUCCCGAGUCUAAGGACUGCGACGGGAGGCUUUAACCCGGGAACUGUCUGUGACCGCCCGUGAAUUACAGGUGGGUACGGGGCGGGUAAAAUUCCCGCGGGGCUGGGUUGUCACCCACAGUUUUAUUAGCACUUGUAGUAUAAUAAUAUGCUGUUCAUUCU